GCUGUUUCUUUUUUAUUGGCUCUCUCUCUCUCUCUCUCUCUCUAUGAAUAUGAACUUUCCCUUCAAGUGAGGUUUUAUUCUCUAAUCUUCUAAUAUAAAGCAAAACUCACCACGUUUUAUAUACACUGUGAGUGAGUGAUGAAUCAUGAAUGACAUGAAAGAGUUUUUUAGAGAGAGAGAGAGAGAGAUUGCUGAGUGAGACAGCAUUAACAUUAUUCUCACUUCCAUUGAAAUCUGGCACAAUUCAAGAACAAAGGAGAAAAGUGUGAAGAGAUCACAAUCUACACUCAACAUCAAUCAUUUUCUUGUUUCAACUCAACUCUCUUUAUAUAACUGGUUUUCUCUCUCUAAAUCCAUCAUUUCCCAGAAUCACAAGAACAAAAAAAAUUGAUUUUUUUCAUGACCCUUUAAUCUUUUAAUGAUAUUAGAGUUAUUAGUUUUGUUGGGCUGCUGAAAUUUUCUUUCAUUUAUUUUCUUGUGAUCUUGGCUUCAUUUGGUGUUUUUUCAUUUUGAUUUAAUAUUUGAGAUUGGUUUUGAUAAAUUCUGUCAAUAAACAAGCAUAGAUUAGAUACUCUUUUUGAUGAAAAUUUGAAUAGGGUGUAUCUAUGAGUAUGAGUAUGAGCAUGGAAAUUUUGUUUUGAUAUGGUUUUGUAUUGGACAAUAAGUUUUAUAUUCAUGUGUAUGAGGUGUUAUUUGAGAUUUUGUUAUCUAUGAAGUUUAGUAGUAACAAGAUCUUAGAUUUGAUUGGAAUUUGGAAGAAGGGAGAGGGAGAAGGAGAGAAAAAAACUAUGCAGUCUAGAAUGGAGGAAGGGAAGGACCCUGUUGCAACAAGAGUCACACACUCUAGGCCAUUUCCUUUGAGACUUUUGCAAUUUUUCUUACUCUUUUUGGUUAUUGGAAUUGGUGGUUCAUUUGUUAGCAUGUACAUGAUUAGGCAUUUUGGUAUUCAUAAUGUGGCUUUCGUACAAUCGUCGAUUAAGCCUUGUUUUCAGAAGCCGGCGAUUGUAGAGAAUUGGUUUAAGCCUCCAUCUAGUUUGUUGCAUAAUAUGACUGAUGAGGAACUCUUUUGGAGGGCUUCUUUUGUUCCGAGGAUUAAGAGUUAUCCUUUUAAAAGAACUCCUAAAAUUGCCUUCAUGUUCUUGACUAAGGGACCUUUGCCUAUGGCACCACUUUGGGAAAACUUCUUUAAAGGACAUCAGAAGCUUUAUAACAUCUAUGUUCAUUCACUGCCUUCUUACAAUCCUGAUUUUUUGCCGUCGUCAGUUUUUUACCGGAGACAGAUCCCUAGCCAGGUGGCAGAGUGGGGAAUGAUGAGUAUGUGUGAUGCUGAAAGACGACUUCUAGCUAAUGCGUUGCUUGAUUUCUCAAAUGAAUGGUUUGUGCUUCUAUCUGAGUCCUGCAUCCCUCUCCAAAACUUCAGCAUUAUACACCGUUACUUAUCGCGAUCAAGGUACAGCUUUAUGGGCGCAUUCGAUGAACCUGGUCCAUAUGGAAGAGGACGUUACGACGAAAACAUGGAACCUGAAAUCAACAUGAGUGACUGGCGUAAAGGGUCUCAGUGGUUCGAAAUUAACCGAGAACUUGCUGUUAGGAUAGUUGAAGACAUAACUUACUAUCCAAAACUCAAAGAAUUCUGCACACCACACAAAUGCUAUGUCGAUGAACACUAUUUCCAGACAAUGUUAACCAUUAAUACUCCUCAUCUUUUGGCGAACCGAAGCCUCACUUAUGUGGAUUGGUCAAGAGGUGGUGCUCACCCUGCUACCUUUGGAAAGGAUGACAUCAACGAGGAAUUCUUCAAGAAAAUUUUGCAAGAACAGACAUGUCUUUAUAAUAACCAGCCAACUUCACUUUGUUUCAUAUUUGCAAGAAAAUUUGCACCUAAUGCUUUAGGUCCUCUUUUAGAUAUAGCUCCGAAAGUUCUAGGAAUAGGAAAGUUGAAGCAUCCUUGAAGGAGUUCCGAGCAUGUUAGUUUUGCUAUCAGCUUACUCCAUUUUGAUCGCGUGAUUCAUCUUCUGCUCAACCUGUUUUGCAGAAAUUUUGAUUUGCUCCUUCAGCGUUUAGGUGUGUAGGACAUUGAAUUUAAACCAUAUAUUAUACAAGUAUCAGUCAAAAUAUAGACUAGCAUUUUGUUGGAUUACUUGUUAAUCAAAUAAAUAUUUUAGCUAUCUUUUUGGAAUAUGUAUUGCUGCCAUUAUGACAGUUAUUUUUUCUGACCAUUUUAUGAUCCAUGUCUGUUACUUGGUUUGCCUUGCAACUAAAGCCAAUGCCAGAGUUAUGAAGCUUACUCAGAAUUCAGAAUUAUAGUCUUGUUUGUUUCCUAUUGUUUGUAGGAACAAGUAUCAUUCAUUAUGUUUUAUGCA